AUGAGCAAAGGCGCUGUGGUUAACAUGACUCGCGUGAUGGCAGCUCAUCGUGCUAUGGCCAAAACCCGAGUCAACUGCGUUUGUCCGGCCUUGCGCAUCCCAGAAAUGCUCUCCUCACCAAUCAUGUACCUGUCCGGAAAAAUGAAUCCGGCCAUGCGGGAGGCUCAGCGGAAACGCAGUCUACUCCAGGCCUCGAGUCCUGCGUACUCCAGAAGGAGGGCAACUCGUGAGAUUGCGCCGGGGCUGUGA